AAUCGCCGCCAUUUUGACAUUUGUUUGGCUUUGUGUUUUUCAAUGCACAAAAUAUUGCUUAAAUUACGUGAUUAUCGAGAAGCGCAUCCACUUUUCUGUUACAAAAUAUUUUCAGCGAUGUGUCAAAUAAAUAAAACUGUACGCAUGAGUGAGAGGGUUAAAUGAUAAGCGGCGCACAAAUCAAUAAUUCAGCACCGCCGCUUUUUUUAUUUUUCGGGAUAGUUAUUCUGUGAUUAUUUUAGUAUUACAGCGAUUAUAUUGAUUAUGAAUGCAUGUUUUAUGGUUUUCGGCGUGUUUAAACUAAAUUUCGGUGAGAAAUAGUUCGUAAAAGUGUUUAUAUUUGUCCCGAUAAAAAGGCGCGAAGGCUGCCGCGCCGAUUUUUUUUUGGUGAACAAAAUUUUCGUGAUCAAGUGCGAAAUAUUUUGUACGCUUUCAAAGCGUAACUUACCUACGUUUGGAAAACACUAAUCGCAAUGUACAAAUAUAAACUGUUACAUCAUUUAAAUAUGUGGAGUAAGACUUAACUUUCUAAUGCUAUAGAGUUCAAAUUAAGCAUCUUCUUAAACUUGCGAUGCGGUUAAGAAGUAGAAAGAGGGAGCGACCGCUCUCAACGAGAAACAAACAGCGGGUAACAAAAUCCAAACAGAAGCAGUUAAAAACCAUCCUUAAAACCAAGUCAACUUGGAAAAAGAUCUUAAAAGCGGACAAUGGUCUGGUUUCCGGACCUCACCUGCAUUGCAUCACUAGAUCUCAAAAGAAUUUGGACUUAAAAACCAGGCCGGUAAGAACUAAAACCGCUAAAAGCAUGGAGAAACCAGUGGAAAAUAAGACCCGGGCCAAACCGAAAGAGGAACCGAAAAAACCCAUAUUCCAAACGGUUGUGAGAAGUUCUAAUAAAGAUAUAAUGUCUAUAAAACCGAAGACUCAAAACGAUAAGGUUUCAACGACGUCUAAGAGCAAACUUAAAGAUGUACGGACAACUAAAAGUGUUCAGUUAAGGCAGAGCUCGUUAAAUAGGGAGUUGAGAAAGACCGAGUCCGUAUCCUCAGCAUUGAGCUCUCCUCGUAAAACUAGGAGGAUGGAUAAGCCAGAUAAGUCAGCUUCGUUAAACAGUUCACCGAUACGUAAAAUAAGGCAGAUGGGUGUGCCUUCGUUAAAAUUGGGCAAGAUUGCCGUUAGUUCAACGAAUGAGAGCCCGAAGAAGAAGUUGAAAGCCAAAGCUCCAGUCGUGCCAGAACAAACCAACGGCUUCACGGAUGACAACGACAUUACAAUGUACGAACCACACACAACAACCUUUGUAGACUUUCCGAUACCAAAAACGGAAUCCGAUUCCGAAGUUGAGUCAUCAGAACUGUGUCUUCCCAAUGACUGUCUCAACGAUUUAAUGGCUAUUGCUGAAUGUGCAAGGCUAAUCACCAACGAUUUGCCAAAUAGAUUAUUAGCCAAUGAUUUACCAGCAAGGCUAUUGACCAACGAUUUGACCAAUGGUUUGGCCAGUGACGACGACGAUAUCAAUUUCCUAGCAGACAGAGCAGCUAAAGUCAUGACAACAGAUAGAGAUAGAGAAGAGAAGAAGAAGAAGUGUGAUAAGAAAUUGCAGAAGAGAAGAAAGUCUAGCAAUGAUCUGGAGAUGUAUCAGCCAACUUCUACGACUGAUGACUUGGAUUCGUGUGGCGACUUUUUGAAUUCCGCGGAGAAAUAUGUACAGCCGGAUUUCGUCUCAAUGUUAGAGCAGGACAGCUACGUCCGGGAUCCAGAGUGUGAAAUCUCAUCUACCUGUGGUGAUGCACAGGGCACAGCUAUAGAAAGUUUAGAAGCUCUCUCUGCUCGGAGCCCUAGUUCUGGUUUCCUUGCAGAGAUCAGCCAAAGCCUGGCUGCGGAAGCUGCUGGAUGGAGUGCAUCCGACGUCGUGGUGGACGAGAACUCUCUAAAUUGUCACGAUGAACCAACACCUGACAUAGAGGAGGAAGCGGCUGCAGUCAUAUCAUCGUGCAGCGUCCGGUCGGAUUGUGAACAGAUAUCGUCCUGGGCGGAUGCGUUUGAUCCAUAUUUGUUCAUCAAACAGCUACCCCCACUGGAGACGGUAGCAACGGGCGCGCUGCGGGCUCGAUACCCCGCGCUACCGCUCAAGACUAGGACCAGCCCCGACUUCAGUCUGGUGUUGGAUCUGGACGAGACGCUGGUGCACUGUUCCUUGCAAGAGCUUCCCGACGCGAGCUUCCACUUCCCAGUUCUCUUCCAGGACUGCCGGUAUACGGUCUUCGUACGAACGCGGCCGCAUUUCGCCGAGUUCCUUUCGCGGGUUUCGCGGCUCUACGAAGUGAUUCUUUUCACGGCGAGCAAGCGUGUGUAUGCAGAUCGACUCCUAAACCUUCUGGAUCCUGCACGACGGUGGAUUAAAUAUAGAUUAUUUCGUGAACACUGUUUGUUGGUGAACGGCAACUAUGUCAAAGAUCUAUCGAUCCUAGGGAGAGAUCUACGCAAAACUGUCAUCGUCGAUAACAGUCCGCAGGCCUUUGGGUAUCAACUGGAGAACGGUAUCCCCAUAGACAGUUGGUUCGUGGACCGCAGCGACAAUGAACUACUGAAACUACUGCCUUUCCUCGAACACUUGGCCACUAAAGACGACGUCCGGCCGUACAUCAGGGACAAAUACAAACUGUUCAGCUACCUUCCGCCCGACUAAGCGAGCUUAACUCACCAUCAUGACCAUUCGGACCGUACUAG